AUGUCUUCAGAAAUUAAUAAAGGGCCCGUAGUGGGAAUGCGGCAUGUGCAGGCCCUACUGAUCUUCCUCCACAUAACUAUUGUGUUCAUAGGCCGCCUGAACGUGGGCGUGUCCCUGGUGGCUAUGACCAAUGCGGAGACCACGAUCCCAGACUUCCCUUUAAGAGAGUACGACUGGACGGAGGCGCAGAAAUCUUACGUAAUCUCCAGUUUCUUCUGGGGCUACAUCUCCAAGCAAUUUAUGGGAGGAUAUCUGUGCAAGCGGUACGGAGCGAAGAGAGUUAUGUUCUGGAGUGUCUUCGGAUCCCGAGUCUGCAGCACCUUGACACCCCUCUUCAUUGGGUUUGGAGAAUGGAAGGCGUACUGCGCCAUUCGGGUGAUCAUGGGACUGGCUCAGGGAGUGAUAUUCCCCUGUAUACAUCAGCACCUGGCACGUUGGUCUCUUCCGGCCGAGAGAAGUCGCUUGGGUGCGCUCAGCUACUCUGGAUGCGAGUGUGGCAAUAUGAGUGCCAUGUUCUUGAGCGGAAUGAUAGCCAAGAGUUCCCUGGGAUGGCAUGGCAUAUCGUACGUCUCGGCUGGAGUAGCCUUCUUCUGGUGUGCCUUGUGGUUCAUCCUGGCAGCCGACAACCCCACUAAAUCGCGUUUCGUGGGGGAAAGAGAAUUUCUCUACAUUGAGUCGUCUCUGGAGCACACUGAGAUGUACCAUGAGACCACUAUCCCCAUCCCCUGGAGGGCGAUUUGCACCUCGGCUCCGUUCUUGGGUUUUUUGGUGACGCGCUGCUGCGGAAUGUGGGGUCUGAGUACCCUACAGGCACAGAUCCCAGCCCAAAUGAACGGUGUUCUCGACAUGGACAUGAAAAGCACAGCGUUCUUCUCGGCGCUGCCGUUUUUGGCCAUGUGGGUCAUGUCGUAUGUUUACCUGAUAGCCGUCGACAUUCUGCUCGCCGGAAAUUGCCUAAGUUUGACGACACUGCGAAAGACCUUCAACUCGAUAGCCUUCUGGAUUCCAUGUGCGACACUGAUUGGCAUAGGAUUCCUUGGCCUGGAUCAGAAGUCUUUGGCCAUUGCUCUGAUGACCAUCAGUGUGGGUGUGAACAGCGAUGCAACCAUCGGUUCCUCCUUGAACCCCAUCGAUCUUUCGCCAAACCACGCCGGCAUCCUGACGGGGAUCGUAAAUACAACUGUGAGUGUGGUGACCAUAGUGACACCUCUGGUUGUUGGCCUUGUCGUUGAGGAUGGCACCAAUCGCUCGGAGUGGCAAAUCAUAUUUAUAAUCGCGGCAGUGCUGUUAUUUUUAGGAAACUGUGUUUAUUUGUGUUUCGGAACCGCUGUUACUCAGCCCUGGGAUUCUGAAGACUACCUUAAGCUAAAGGAUUCUGAACUAGCUACAAAACCAGCUAUUAAUGGAGCAACGAAUGGUACGCAUAAAGAUACUAUGGAAACGCAGACUAGUUAA